UCUUAUCGGAACCGCAGACAACGCCUGGAAGAAUUUCCUCAAGACAACUGUGUCCACUCUCCAGGACAUCAGCAUCUCCUCAACCGACAGUCAAGCCAUGCAUGUGGAGAGGAAAUGGCACAUACUGUUGACCAUCUUCUUUCUGCUCAUCUCCUCGGGUCAGUGCAUGGACAGCAAAGAGGUCAAGCAGAAUGAGAGAAGGACCCUGUUGGAUCUAAUUUUACAGGUUAUCAAGGACAGCCAGCAACGGGACAAGCCCGUGUCUAGGCACUGUGGCAGUGGACUCCACACCUCAGCACAAGACUUCAAGUCCUCUUCCCGGGAAAAGCCUUUGUAUGUCCCUAGGCUGGAUAACACUAGACUCAUAGAUAUUGUUCCUAGAGAUGCACACCUGAAGGACAAGUUCAUUCAGCAUUUUGGAGCAGGACAUGUCAAGUUCUCGUCGGAGUGCAAAACACACUUUCACAGACUAUACCACACCACAAGGGAUUGCUCAAGACCAGCAUAUUACAAAAGGUGUGCAAGAUUGCUAACGCGAUUAGCAAUGAGUCCGCUCUGCAUGCAGUCAUAGGUUUUGUAUGUCGCCAUAUAACGGAAGAGGGAUCAAUGCGUUGCCAAGGAAGUGCCUUCAAACCCACAGCAGACAUGAGGACGUUCUUUCUGUGUGUGUUUAUAGUGUCUAUGUUUUUGCUGUUGGUGUUGUCAUAACUCAAAAUGAUUGAAUGGAGAUUGUUGGUUGUUUGUGAGUGGAAUGGACCAUAUAUUUGUAAGCAAAUAAUUUAAUAUCAAAUACAUCUAUUUAUUGAAAGGACAUAUAAAUAUAUGUAAUGUUUAACAGUCACUGAGAAUCCGAUCAUUUUGGUUAUAAAAGUCAUGAGUGAUGGAAAGAAAAUGUAUUUGCUUUAUUUUCUAUAUAAAUUCCACUUUUGCUAAUUUGCUGACUUUAUACUCCAUCUUUGUCUUCAUCACAUUUUAUUUGGCACUUGAGUGAUUGUUGACAAUAAGACCAUAUAAAAUAACGAUAAUGGUGACAGCUCACUGCAUUACUGAAUAAAGAAUACUGAAGCACAGGA